UUAAAUUCUUAUGUCAAUUCGACAGUUGUAUACAGUACGUAUAUUAUUUACUCCGUAGUCGGUACUCCAAGUAAAUUGUAGUGUAGUGUGUACUGUGUACUGCUUUGGUGUACACUGAAUACAGAAAGUUGCCGAUCAUAAUUACUUCUUCUAAAGUAAAUGUAAUCAAGAUCCAUCAACAUGAUUGUAUUAACUGGGAAUAGUCUAAAUGAGAGACAUCGGGAGCUGAACACCAAAGUGAAUCAAGCAGUAACAAAUGGUUUGUCGUUUGAUGAAUUCAAAUUACAAAAUGAGAAGACUGACAUUGACAGACUGUUUAAAAUAGACUUGGCAAACAAGAAAAAAGAAUUAGACUACAUUAUCGAGACCCUCAAGUGCGGAGACAGCGUGUAUAUCACCAGAGCAUUAAAAUGUCAAUGGCUUUAUCAAGAAGAGUUUGCCCACAUUGUCAAUCCAGAUUACCUGGAACAACACGUCUUCCCCGAAAUGCCAUUUAAGAUGAGAAGGAAAUUUUUAAAGCUGAUAUCUCAAAACAUGAACAAUAGUGAUCGAGCAGCUCUGUUCUGCUCUUACUGUAUAAUAAUGAAAUUACCGGAAAUAGCUCUCAAGUUUCUGUGGUAUGCUCCAGAAUCAAAGAAAGUAGAGGUGAUUAAAGGCCACCAUAUAUUUAUCUCUGUCAAGGAUAUGGUAAACAUUGUUGGUGAUUCAUUCACUUUAGCUACAACUGUGUUAGAUGAAGUAAACGAAUACGAAGUUUGUAAUUUACUAAAACUGUUUAGGUACCUGUAUUCUGUGUCUGAUGUUAAAUAUCUGGAUCUUGUUGAGAAAUAUAUGUUUAAACAUAAAUUAACUUGGCCAUGUAAUGAAUGUUUCGGAUUGCGACUUUCUAAACAUAUAAUGAAAAACCACAAAAACAGACUGUUUUGCCACACAAAAUUGUACCUAAGUAUGCUUAAUGUAAAAAUGCUAGUAAAAUAUAGUACAGGAGAAGAUGUAAAAAAAUAUGUAACGAAUAUAUCUUUUUUCACAUUCUGGGACUUUUAUAGGGAAUAUGAGUUUAUACUAGAGGUGAUUCCGCUAGAAACAAGGCUACACUACCUAAAAGAGGUUUUUACUAAGCACUACCCAGGACAAGAAUUUGAAAUGAGUAUGGAUUUUUAUUACGCUGGUUUGUACAAACUAAUGACAAAUGCAGAGAGAGAAGCUUGGGCCCUGGAACAUGUAGAGUCUGGUCUUGAGCAUUUCGGUCAUGGUCAAGAUUUCAAAUGGUACGAGUUUGUAUCGUUCGAGAAAGGAUUUGAGCCUCUCAAAAAAUACAUAUUAGUUGCUGCUAAUGCUGAUAUCAGGAUCGAUAUUGUCAAUGUGCUAGUCAGCAGCGCGCAGUCAGACCGCGAAUUAGAAACGUUGUUUAAUUAUUACUAUCAAAGAUUUGUUAACGAAAUGAUAAGUAAUAAGGAAAAGUUUAUUGACCAAGUUUUAAUUACCCAUAGCUAUCAUAAAUUCGAUGAGAAUUGCUGGCAAGCAUUCAAUAAAAUUUUACACAGCAUGGAUGUUUACGACACUAAGAACACCUAUAGCUGCAGAGCGGAAUAUAAGUUAGUCGCGAUAGUUUAUGCUAUCAUUCACAAAAUAGAACUUCAUGACGCUCUAAAGCAGCAUAUUGAUGAUGGAUUGAAUUUGUACUUAUUUAAACAGCUAACUGACAAAUUGAUUGCAGAGAAUGUUGAGAUUGUCUAUAAUUACAUAAAUAAUUACUAUUUACAAAAAAUAAAUGAGUUCAAUAUUGAAAACUAUGAUGAAAACGUUAAAUUUGGUGUUAGAAAAUAUAUACACAUUCUAUUGGAACUAAUGAUUCGAUAUGAAAAGCCUAAAAAAGAUAUUCCAGAUAUAGUCAUGAAAUUUGUCGCACUAGACCGCGAGGAAUACAAGGAUAACGAUUUAUUAAGAGAAGAAGAAAUCCCCCACACAGAAUUUGACCUGAUGAAAGAUUUAAAAAAGGAUGCUUCUACAGUAGUAUCCAAAAUAACAUUACUCAACAAAAAUCUUGAAAAUAGAACGAGAUUCAAUCUUGCAAAUCUGCUCAGGAAGAUAAGAAUUUACUUUUCUACUGAUAUAGCACAAACAUUUUUGGAAUUGUUUAAUAAAAUACUAUCUUCAGAUAAUUAUGUGAAGAAACUUAUGAUGCUGCUGUUUACGGAUUAUUUCAUCUAGCAGAGUAUGCAGAUAGAGUUGGAUUGGUUACCAAAUAUGUUCCAACUGAAUCAAAAAUAGACCAUGUUGAGAUUGAACGGAAAAUAUUGUACAUUAGGAAAGCUAUAUGUAAAUUUGUAUGUUUGUCACGCCCUAUCGUUCCUUUAUCAGAAACACAGAGGUAUAUAGUUGGUGACUAUUUAAAGUUCUGUUUACCAAUGUUUCAAUCAUAUGCAGCUAAUUUGCAACCUGCUGUAUUAAAGGAAUUUGUCAAGUUCUUGCUAAACUCGCCAACGUCCAUACAAAAACACGGCAUACGCUUAGCGUUUAAGUGUUUCAGCAUUCAUGAUUUAAAAAUAACAUUGCUGGGUAUUUGGAAGAAAACAAAAAAUGUAUCAUUAAGGUUGGUAAUGUACAAGCAAAUCUACCAAAAAAUUGUAAAUGAUUUGCAAAACGAACUAUAUGAAACUCUCAAAGCGUUCACUCUGGAUGUGCGUGAAGACGACGAUGACGAACUGUUCACAGAAAUGACCAAAAUACAGCUUCCAAGUCAUCUCUUAGGCGAUCAUAUUUUAUGUACAUGGCAGGUAUUGAAUACUUUACCUGAUAAAAAGAUCAUGAUCACGCGCAAGACUGCCGUACUGAGGAACAUGGUAGAUCAUCUUGAAUUAAUACAGGAAGAUGUGGUUGAAUCAAUUGUAUGCAAACAUAUUACAACCAUGUUAAAAGAGGGACAAAUGAAAGUCGAAGAGGAAAUACACAUGAAAGAAUUCUUCAACGCUAAAUGGAAUCUGACUGCAACAUAUCUCAUGUAUCUACCGAGCCAGGAAGUUUUGAAAAGUAAAUUGGAGAUUGUCGAAACUUUAGUCAAAGAAUCUAUUAAGUUGUGGAAGUCUGAAAAAGUAAAUAAGUAUGUUUUUCGGGGAUUUUUGGUUCGUUUUGUUGAGAUCCUUGGGAACAAAAUAUGUUACAACGAGUUAAACUACUGCUUACACGGAGUUGUGUUACUAAAACAAGUAUUGAAAGAUAUACUAGAAGCGGUGCCGCUAGUAGAGAUAUAUGACACAAUUUGGUAUUUACGGUUGAGUAUUAUAGUCGCAAAUACUAUAGUUGAUGCACGACGUACCUUGGCCGAACAAGACGAUUCUAGUAACUUUGUGGCAUUUGAACAGUACAUUGAUAACUUUGCUGAAGAAUUCGCAAGAUUAUUUAAUGAAUUUGCUGGGGAAAAUAAGUGUUACACAUUAGCAUUUAGGACAAUUGCCAACAUUUUGGAAACGUUUUCCCGCAAUUUAAUAUCUCACGGGCCCUUCGAAGUGAAUGCCAAAGAGGAGUAUAUAUUUACUGCAAUAUGCUCCAGAUUGGUCGAAAUAGAAGAAUAUGAAACUUAUAAAUUCGCUUUAGAACUAUUGCCAACUGGAGUAAAAGAUUCGUGUACACAUAACAAGAUAAUAGAUAAAAUAAAAUCGUUCGACAACAACAACAUCAGAUACCAUUGCUACAAGAAGUUUGAAGUUGAUAUUGAUGAAAUUACGAUAUUGGAUUAAACUGCGUAACGAAAUUAAUUCCGAACUAUACAAUAUACAUAUAUUGGUUAUACAUACAGGGUAAUUUUGACAUUGCGUUACUAAGGAAAACCACAUUCUUAUCUACUUGGAAAUAACACGGAAUGAAAUAAAAAUUGUAAGUUUGGAACAAAAUAAAUAUUGCUAAAAAGUAAUUUUAAUUUUACGCGUCCUAAUGCCAGUACUACCUCUCUAAGAGAAUUCGUCGUAGCGACUACAUCAUACUUUCAGUCAGAAAUACACUAACGCACACGCCAUAUUCGUAUUAAAACUACAAAAUCAUCAAAAAUCUGAAAUCUAAAACCAAUGUUUUUGGUGAAAAUAUUCGUAAUAAAUUAUUAAUGGAUGAUUUUUGGCUCAAUGUCAGAAAAGCUGAAGAUGAGAAUGAGUAAGUGGUUUCAUUUAGUAACACAACACACGACCUUGUAUAGUGUAGACCGUUUUGUAAACAUUUUAUAUUUUAAAUAAACUCUUCUGAAAGUAACUUGUUU